AUGAAAGGCUCAAUCGUUUCAUGGCUUCUUCUUGCUAUAUCCACGAUCUCCAUCUUCUCUGAAGUAGCUGGGGCUUCAGCUUCAGCCCAGUGUCUUGGUAUCGACCAGAGAUCGCUCUUGCUCAAGCUAAGAAACAGCCUCAUCUUCAAUGCCUCCAAGUCUUCCAAGCUAGUACAGUGGGAUCGAAGUGCGGAUUCAUGGAGCGGCGUGACGUGCAAGGAUGGCCUCGUUGUGGGACUCGAUUUGAGCGACGAGUCGAUCUCUGGCAUAAUCGACGAUUUGUCAAGUCUCUUCAAGCUUGAGUUCCUUCGAAGCCUGAACUUGGCUUUCAACGACUUCAACUACAUGGCAAUUCCGUCGGGCCUUAUGAAUCUCAGCCGCUUGGAAAAUCUCAACUUGUCCGAUGCUAGAUUCGCUGGGCAGAUUCCUGCAGAGUUAUCUCGCCUGAGGAAGCUACGUACUCUUGAUCUCAGUUACCUUUUCAAUUUGAAACUUGAAAAGCCCUCUUUGAGGUCACUGAUCGGGGAUUUGGGGGAGUUGAGGGAGCUGUACAUUGAUGAGGUUAAUGUGUCUACUAAGGGAAGUGAGUGGUGCGACGCGUUGUCUUCUUCAGUUCCAAAACUUGAGGUGCUGAGCAUGUCUUACUGUUCUCUGUCUGGUCCUAUUGACGCUUCUCUUAUGAGUCUUGCUAAUAUGUCGGUCAUUCAACUUGAUGGCAAUAACUUGUCCACCACAGUUCCUAGUUUCUUAGCGAAUUUCUCCAGCUUGAAAACACUGAGCCUAAGUGAUUGUGGCAUGCAGGGAGAAUUUCCUCAAAAGGUCUUUCAGGUACAAACAAUUCAGACCCUUGACCUGUCACACAACUACCUUCUUCAAGUUUCUUUGCCUGAUUUUUCAGAGGAUAAUUCUCUUGAGACUCUGGUCAUUUCCCAUACAAAAAUCUUAGGGAGGAUUCCAGAUUCAAUCGGUAAUCUAAGAAAAUUGUCGACAUUACGCCUGUACAAUUGCAGUUUGAGUGGGUCGAUCCCCAGCUCAAUGAAGAACCUAUCGGAGCUGACUCAUUUGGACUUGUCUUAUAAUGCUUUAACGGGUCGUAUCACCUCCGUUGGCUGGGAAGACCUUUUGCACCUCAAAGCAAUACGCCUGAUAGGCAAUUCAUUGGAAGGUGACAUUCCCCCAGCUCUGUUUAGACUUCCCCGACUUGAGAUUAUAUUACUUCGACGCAAUAGAUUUAAUGGACAGCUUAUCAUACAUCCGAAUGUCUCUUUGGAUCAACUGAGCGUGCUUGAUUUGAAAAGCAACCAGUUGCACGGGUCAAUACCAGCAUCCAUAUUCAAACUGCAACAGCUUCAGGACCUCUCACUUUCUUACAAUAAUUUCAGUGGCUCGAUGAAUAUCAACGCGCUUCAGAGAUUAGGAAAUUUAACUUAUCUUGAUCUAUCGUACAAUGGCUUGUCAAUUAACGCUACAGCUCCUACUUCUGCUGCUGCAUCCUCUUUCCCUAAAUUCUAUUCAUUAGAGUUGGCUUCUUGCCAGUUGCGGACUGUGCCUCAGUUUUUGGCUAACCAAUCCAAUUUGGAAAUCCUCGACCUCUCCAACAAUAAUAUUCGAGGGGAAAUACCAAGAUGGAUAGGGACACUAGAACACCUUGGAGUUCUCAAUCUUUCCUCUAAUUUCUUUGAAGAUUCCGCAACACCACCGCACAAUCUUAAUCUUACUUUUGCUCAUGUCGUCGACCUCCAUUCAAACAUGCUCCGAGGAAAUGUGCUACCCAUGUUGUUACAGGUUGACUACUUGGAUUUAUCAAGAAACAACAUCACUUAUGUUAUUCCAGAUAAAAUUGGUGACUCCUUAUUAUCAAUCCCGUUGUUCUUCUCCCUUUCGAAGAAUAAUAUCCAUGGGUCCAUCCCCAAGUCAAUUUGCAAAGCUAAUCUUAAAGUGCUUGACUUGUCACGUAACCAUCUAAGUGGAACUAUUCCUGAUUGUUUAAUGAUGGCAUCCCUCAUGGUAUUGAAUCUGAGAGAUAACAAGUUGAGUGGUGGUAUUCCACAAAACAUCUUGCCAACAUGUGGUCUGAAGACAUUGGAUAUUAGUGGGAAUUUGCUGCAAGGGCAAAUUCCAUUAUCAUUGGCAAAUUGCGCAACAUUGGAGGUUGUGAACAUUGGGGACAAUCAAAUAGAUGGGAAAUUUCCAUGCCAUUUCAGGGCUAUGUCAACUCUCCGCAUCCUUAUUUUACGAUCUAACAAAUUGCAUGGGGAAAUUCGAUGUCCAUAUGGUCCUAGUACUUGGCAGAAACUUCAAAUCGUUGACCUAUCAUCAAACUAUUUCAGUGGCACAAUAUCUACAAGUCUCCUCACAUCUUGGGAAGCUAUGAAGGCCAAUGCAAACUUUGAUUACCUACAUCGAUUUGUCCCAAGAACUGGGUUAUUUUAUCAAGAUCGAGUGAUUGUAACAGUCAAAGGUCAGCAGCUAGAACUUGUCAAGAUUCUUACUAUUUUCACAUCGAUUGACUUCUCGGGCAAUAGAUUGGAAGGUCCAAUAACGCACACACUUGGGAAUCUCAAUGCACUUCAUUUCCUCAAUCUAUCACACAAUGCCAUCUCGGGUUCAAUUCCUUCUGUAUUGGGGAAUUUGCAUCAACUUGAGUCAUUGGACCUAUCACAGAACUACCUCAAUCGAACCAUACCAACUCAGCUUGCAAAUCUCAAUUUCCUUUCGUUCCUGAACCUCUCAAACAAUCAACUUGUAGGAAGCAUCCCAGCUAGCAAACAGUUUCUCACAUUUUCUGAAAGUUCUUUUGAGGGAAACCUUGGAUUAUGUGGGCUUCCGCUCAACAAAAGCUGCUCAAUUACCAUGAACAGGACGGAGGAAGUUGGUGAUGAUCGCAACAAUGAUGAUAGUGAGAAGAAAUGGUUUUACCUAGGCAUACCACUUGGAUUUGUUUUUGGCUUUCGGGUAGUUUGUGGUCCAUUAGUGUUUGUUCAAUCAUGGAGGUUUGCUUACUAUCGUUUUUGGGAUAAAGUGUUGUUUAGACACUCACGUUCAUGA